AGCAAUAUCAUCAAUUCCACAGAACCAAUCAUGAAGUGCAUCGCAGCUGUAGUCAUGAUGGCUCUAGCCGUCGUCGCCGAGGCCGGACUUGCCCCCGUGUUUUACGGUGCCGCUGCCGUGGCCUACCCCGGCCACACGACCGUCGUCCAGGGUAACCAAGCCGACCCGAAGCAGAUCACAGAGCUGCCCGCGAUAACCUAUUCUGCCCCGGCCCUGACCUAUUCCUACCCGGCUCUGCAGCCAGCGUACUACCCAUACGCCGGUCUUCCGCUGACCUAUGCCGCCCCACUUCCAGCUAUUGCUGCCCCAGCCGUUGUGUACCAAAAGGAGGCUCGCUACCUGGCCGCCAACCGUGGUGCCGUCCAUGAAGCGCCCCUGGCCGGACAUACCGUGUCCCAGCAAUCGCUGAAUCUGGAACCGGCAGCGGAGUCCCACUAAAGUGUUUGAACGGCAAAGGAACUUGUGAUAUAUUUGAAGGAGGAAAUAAAUGAUUUCAUGUAGCAAAAUU